AUGGCCAGCGAGUUCAAGAAGAAGCUCUUUUGGAGGGCGGUGGUGGCCGAGUUCCUGGCCAUGACCCUCUUCGUCUUCAUCAGCAUCGGUUCAGCCCUGGGCUUCCAAUACCCAAUAAAGAGCAAUCAGACGACAGGUGCAGUCCAGGAUAACGUGAAGGUGUCACUGGCCUUUGGGUUGAGCAUCGCCACGAUGGCCCAGAGUGUGGGCCACAUCAGCGGUGCCCACCUCAACCCAGCCGUCACGCUGGGGCUUCUGCUCAGCUGCCAGAUCAGUGUCCUCCGGGCCAUCAUGUACAUCAUUGCCCAGUGCGUGGGGGCCAUCGUCGCCACUGCCAUCCUCUCGGGCAUCACCUCCUCUCUGCCUGACAACUCGCUUGGCCUCAAUGCGCUGGCCCCUGGCGUGAACUCAGGCCAGGGCCUGGGCAUCGAGAUCAUCGGGACUCUGCAGCUGGUGCUGUGCGUGCUGGCCACCACCGACCGGAGGCGCCGCGACCUCGGGGGCUCCGGCCCCCUGGCCAUUGGCUUCUCUGUGGCCCUGGGACACCUGCUGGCGAUAGACUACACCGGCUGCGGUAUUAACCCUGCCCGGUCCUUCGGCUCCUCGGUGAUCACGCACAAUUUCCAGGACCACUGGAUCUUCUGGGUGGGGCCGUUCAUUGGAGCAGCCCUGGCAGUGCUCAUCUAUGACUUCAUCCUGGCCCCACGCAGCAGUGACCUCACAGACCGCGUGAAGGUGUGGACCAGCGGUCAGGUGGAGGAGUAUGACCUGGAUGCCGACGACAUCAACUCCAGGGUGGAGAUGAAGCCCAAAUAA